CUUUGGAAGACACUAGAAAAACAAGCAAUUUUGUUUUUUUUUCUAUUUUUUCCUUCUUUUAGUACUGAAUUAUUGUAGAUCAAGAAAAGAUGGAUGCCAUAGCCCAUAUUGAGAAAAUGGAAAAUAGUAAUGAGAAAAUUAGCACAUACUGUGUAACAGGGGCAACGGGUUACAUUGGAUCAUGGCUCGUUAAAUCUCUUCUGCAAAAAGGCUACAAAGUUCACGCCACACUCAGAAAUCCUGAGAAGGCAACUGGUUUGUUGCAGUGGUGGCAAGGUGGGGCCCGAUUGAGUUUGUUCAGAGCCGAUUUGCAUGAAAAUGGAAGCUUCGAUGAUGCAGUAAGAGGGUGUGAUGGCGUUUUUCAUGUUGCGGCUUCUAUGGAAUUCGAUGUCUCUCCUUCUCGAGAAGAUCUUGUUACAAUCGAACUUAUUGUUGAUCACUCGAACGGAAGCUAUAUAAAAACAAAUGUCAUAGAUCCAGCCAUUAGGGGGACACUGAAUGUCCUCAAAGCUUGUCUGAAAUCGAACAUCCGUAAAGUCGUUUUUACUUCAUCAAUAAGCACAUUGACGGCAAAAGAUAGCUCGGGUGAAUGGAUACAAGUGGUGGAUGAAUCUUGCCAAACACCGAUUGGUCGAGUACUAAAGACUAAAGCCAGCGGCUGGGUUUACGUGCUUUCGAAGCUUCUAACAGAAAGGGCAGCUUUUCAGUUUGCGGAGGAAAACGGAAUUGAUUUGAUAUCUGUCAUAACAACAACUGUAGGCGGCUCGUUUUUAAUGCCAUCUGUUCCAAAAAGCAUUCAAGUUUUGAUGUCACCAGUUACAGGUGACUCUAAGUUUCUCUCGAUACUUAAUUCCGUAAAUUCAAGAAUGGGUUCGAUUGCGUUGGUUCACAUUGAAGACAUAUGUCGUGCACACGUUUUUCUCAUGGAGCACGCGAAAGCCGAAGGCCGUUACAUAUGUUGCACACGAAGCUGUACUUUGUCUGAAUUGGUCGAGCUCAUAAUAAACGAGUAUCCUUGUCCAGAUACACCGAGGCUCGACAGUUUGGAGCAGAAAUCGAUCCCUAGCGAGAUUUCUUCGAAGAAGAUUAGAGACUUAGGAUUUGAAUUCGAUUAUAGCAUUCAAGACAUUGUCCAGCAGACCAUUAGGUGCUGUUUGGAGGUUGGCUUUCUAUCGGCCUCUCAGGAUAAGUCGUAACGGUAAAGAAGGUGAUUAUGAUUUGUAAUACUAUCAUUGAGUACAGAUUAAUUGUUCUGUUUGUGUUGCCUUCUUGAUUAGAAACACCAAAUUUAUUGUUGAUGUUGUGAACAAAUUGUAUUAUUUUGUUGGCUCUGCCGAAGUUGUACUUAGGACACAUAAGUACUGCAAAGGUUAUAAGAAGUUGAGGACCUUAAAUAAAGUGAAAGUUCUAUGUGUAUGUUUGGG